GAAUAAUAAAGUGACAAUCAAUGUGCCAUAGAAAGGGCUCCUGCCAAAGCGCAUAACAAAUCAAUCACAACUUUUUUCAUUCGUGGAGCGAGAUCAUCCAUCCUCCACCAACAAAACCCUUCUUCUUUGACGAGUCACCUCUGAUCCGGAAGCUUUCGCGAUCCCACUAGCCUCGUAGUCAGCGUCCACUUUCUCUCCUACAACCCUAUAGCCGUUUUACUUGGUUCAAAUCACCAUCCUCUCCAAGCUUUCGGCAGUGUCGCUACCACGUUUUCACCAUGGGCCGGUCUCUUGAGUCUUCCCGCCCGAUGCUGAGCGAUACCUCUGCUCGAAACUCUCAACGUUACUCUACCUUGAGCCAGGCGCCAUCCAUGUCGCCCACCGUUGACUCGAUGGAUUCCUCUACCCCUACCAACGACCCUCGCGUUGCCGACAUCAAGGCCUGGAACGCUGGCUUUGACAGAUUGGAGCAAAAGAAGCUCCAGGCUCAGCGUUUCGUCCCCAGCGCUCAGAAGACGGCCGAUCUGAGCAAGCUUGCCCUCGGUGCCAAAGUCGAGAGAGCUCUCACGAGAAGAAUGACUGGCCAGGACGCCGAGCUCAAGCCGAAAGAAUACAACGAGAAGACUGCUGCGCAGUAAAGCCUGUUGACCGUCGUUGACAUGGUUUUGCAUUUUAACCAUAUCCUCCACAAUUCAAUCCUCUUGCGACAGGGACCCUUGAUCUAUGAACGAUGGACUUCCCGUCCUAGGUCUUCUCAUUCUUCCUCGGAGCGCUCCCUUCCACCGAUCUCGCCGUGUGAGGCCGACUUUCAAUUCUCCAACCGCUGGCGAAUCGAAGAAAAAAGAAAAAAUAAUUUGAUACUUUAUCCUGACGAGCCGCCACCAUCACCACAAAACGCAGACUCUUCUGAGUUGCAUGAUAUCCUUGGACAUGGUGUUAUUCGUUUCGUUUCGUUUCUCGUUCUUCACAGCUGC